UCGACAUCGAGGUGUCCACUUGGUAUCUAGAUAUUGUAGCACCAUUACAUUCAUUUCGAGCGCUUCAUUUAAAUUCACAACAUGAGCUUCGCCGCCCCAAUGCCGCUGAAGGCAGCCGCUCCUGCGCGCAUAGUCUCGGCCUCUCGACAGUGCCAGAGGAGGAGCAUGCCGAAUGCGAGAGCGCAGAUGAGGAGACCAACAUUCGCUGCGCAGACACCGGCACCAAAUGCGCCCUUAACACGACUCUUUCAUGCAUCACCCACCACACAUGCAAUGACCGAUCCAUACAAAACUCUCGGUGUGGGCAAAGACGCCGCGGCCGGCGAUAUCAAGAAGGCAUACUACGGCCUCGCAAAGAAGUACCACCCUGAUACGAACAAGGAUCCCGGAGCGAAGGAGAAGUUCGCCGCUGCCCAGUCCGCAUACGAAAUCCUGUCCGACAAGGAAAAGAAGGCGCAAUACGACUCGUACGGCGCAUCGGCGUUCGAUCAGAACGGGGGUUUCAACCCUGGAGCUGCUGGCGGAGGCAAUCCCUUCGGUGGAGGCUUUGGCGGUUUCGGUGGAUUUGGUGGAGGUCAGGGUGGAUUCGGUGGCCAAGGCGGAUUUCAGGACAUCAACUUCGAGGAUUUGUUCGGCGCAUUUGCCGGAGGACGGAGGCCACGAGGAGGAGGUGGUGGUGGAAGGAGAAACCCCUUCCAGGAAGAGAUCAUGGUCGGCGACAACAUCGAAGUACAAACGAACAUCUCGUUCCUCGACGCAGCAAAGGGGGUCAAGAAGGAGAUUCACCUCACACCUAUGGUCGAAUGUGGGACAUGUAAAGGCAACGGCUUGAAGGCUGGCGCUAAGAAGGCGGAGUGCAAGGGCUGCGGCGGUACUGGACAACGUGUCACAAGCAUGGGCGGCUUCCACAUGAGCGCAACCUGCGGGCAGUGUGGUGGUUCUGGAUUUGCGAUCCCUCGUGGCUCGUCUUGCGGAACUUGCAACGGUGACGGAGCAGUCAAGGAGCGCAAGACGAUACAGAUCGAUAUUCCCGGAGGCGUAGAGGAUGGUAUGCGUCUGCGCGUCAAUGGCGAGGGUGACGCACCGCUCACAGGGCAAGCCAUGUCUGGAGGCAAGGUACACGGACAGAAGGGCGACCUCUAUGUCCUCAUCCGGGUAGCUGCAGACUCGAAGUUCAAGCGCAAUGGCUCCGACAUCCUCCACACUGCGACCAUCCCCCUCACAACUGCCGUUCUUGGAGGCGAGAUUAAAAUCCCCACUCUCGAUGGCGAAGUCAUGGUCAAGGUUCCCACUGGUUCAGGGACAGGCGACAAGAUCACGCUCUCUGGCAUGGGCAUGAAGGUGCUCUCCACCGGACGCCGCGGUGCGCAGAAGGGUGACUUGAAGGUCGAAUUCAAGGUCAACAUGCCGAAAUACCUCUCUGUUAACCAGCGAACAAUCCUGGAGAUGCUGGCCGACGAGAUGAACGACAAGAGCGCAAAGAGGAUCAUGAACCUGAGCAAAUUCAAGGAAGAUGCACAAGCAGCAGCUGAGAAGCCAUCGACUGCGGCAACGGAAGACGAGCACAAGAACGAAGGCUUUCUCAAGAGCGCAUGGCACAACCUCACCGGGCAACACAAUCACCCAAAGAAAGACCAGACAAAAAAGGACGAUGAGAAGAAGGGCCCUGGUUCGACCUAAAGCUCGAACAGCCCUGUGUGUAUUCGACAUGUUGUACAACAUUUAGACUGGCGCAUAUGGUGGUGUCUGCUGUUCCCACCAGGACCAGCAUUUUGCAAGCAUUUCUGGCGUUGAUCCACGGUCAAGAUGUAUAGAAGCCCCUAUUGUAAUCGUUGGCCUCUCGACUCUGACUUGUACUAUAAGGUUUAUUCCAUGUAAUAGCGAACUGUAACAACGUACAUUCUCUUCACCGA